AAACAAAUCGAAAAUUUUGAUGAUUUACCAAUUAAGGAAGAAUUAUUGAGAGGAAUUUAUGGAAAUGGAUUGGAAAAAAUGUCAGAAAUUCAAAAGAAAUGCAUCUUGCCAAUUAUUUCAUCAGAACCGCCUGUAGAUGUACUAGUUGUGUCUGGAACUGGAACUGGAAAGACAUCAAGCUAUUGUAUUUCAAUUAUUCAAAGAUUGGAUACUAGUCGAAAG